CUAUCUCUAUAAAUUGACUAGCUGUCACUUUUGCGUUAUGGCUUCUUGUCUUGUCUUCACAAAUAAGCAGAAUUCCUAAGCCACCCUUUUUCUUCUAUUGAAUAGCUUUACUAAUAAAAUGACUUCGAAAAGUGAAAAAGAUCGAGCCAAACAAAUCCAGGAUCGAUGUCAGAACAUUCUAUUGCAAAUGCUAAAAGAUGAAGAUAACAAAUAUUGUGUUGAUUGCGAUGCGAAGGGUCCACGAUGGGCGUCAUGGAACCUUGGCAUAUUCCUGUGCAUCAGAUGUGCGGGCAUCCAUCGGAACCUCGGUGUUCACAUCUCCAAAGUGAAGAGCGUCAAUCUGGACUCGUGGACGCCUGAACAAGUUGUAUCGCUCCAACAAAUGGGCAAUUCCCGCGCGCGCGCGGUUUACGAGGCAAAUCUUCCGGACUCGUUCCGUCGGCCGCAGAACGACAACACGCUAGAGGGGUUCAUACGCGCCAAGUAUGAGCAGAAGAAGUACAUCGCCAAGGAGUGGGUGCCACCGCCACUACCGAAAGUCAAUUGUGUUAAACGUCGCCGCGUAUCUGGCCGUCAGCUAGACUUGCUAUGGGAAUAUUUAGACUCCCAUAGAGACUUAGCUUGCGCCUUGAAUAGGUCGCUUCAAGCGAAGGAAUACGCGACACGAAAGUGGAAAGAGAUCGCGGACCUGUUGAACGAACAAGGCGACGGAGCUCUGAAAGAUUGGAGGGAGUGGUCUAAAUACUGGGUGGACUACAAGGCGAAAUUAAAAAAGAGGGCAUCCGUAGUACGCUCGUCACAAACACUGACUGGAGACGAGACAGGGGACGACACAGCUUUGAGCGAAAGGGAUUUAAAAUUUCUCCAACUAAUGGCAGAAGAUCACACGCAAGGGCCAACAGAAGUCCCAGUGGAACCAUACCCAGAACCCUCGGACAGUACAACAUCAAUCACUAUGCAAGAUUCCUCAUCGUCCCUAUCGAUUCAUAUCCACCCAUCUAGACAGCAAGGGAAUACCCCCACAUUGACCCUGUUGCCUCUUCGUGCUCCUACGCCGGUAUAUGAGCCGGUACAAACGAUCGAACCGGACCCGUAUCUUCUAGCCGCACUACAAUCAGUGCCCAAAUUAGAACCUAGGCCAGCUUCGCGCACACCUUCGCCCGAACCUUCGCCAGAACCUUCGCCGGUACCUACACCUUCACCGAAACGGUAUAGGGAAAUGACAAGGGCAUCUGCCAGAAGGGCUUUGGUACAAUCGGCUAGAAUUAGAGCAAGGGCGGCGGUGAGAAGCAGUCGGGCGUUGGAAGUUAUUGGUAGGAGCAUCAGGGAUGUGAGUCGGCAGAUGCGAAGUAUUAGAAGCUCGCUUGGACGGAUAGAAAGUUACAUGGCUAUGCAACAUGGCGGUCCCAGACCGGAUUAAAUUGAAGCAAGAUGGUUGGUGUGUGACAUCUCGCUCACUCAAGAGAAACUAAACUAUAUUCGAGCCUGGGUUCACUUCCUUUUUGUUUAAUUUUGGCAAUGGGCGAUUUUGUUUAUUACAAAGAAUGUGCAAUUCGUCACAAGAAUUUGCCACCACGCGAUAUGUGAUAAACUUUUUAUGUUAUUGUGUACAAUGUACGUUAUAAUUUAUAUUCCUUAAUACAUUUUACGCUGUCUUCAUUGCAGCGAGCUUGAGAAAAAUAUUUUUUUUUAAUAUGCGAUCAAGAAAAAAAUAACUUAUAGCUCAAUAAUAUUUCUAAUACACAUAAUAUAUUGUAAGAAUGGUGACCCUUUGGUGUGUACAUAAUAUGUUUUAGUAUUUCUGCCAUUAGGUUACUUAUUAAAGGAAAGAGCGGCCGUACACGGACUGCUCGAGCGGUCGGUCGUUGACUGCUCGAGCUGUCGCUACAAACCGCGCAGUUGACGGCUUGAAGCGGUCGCGACGGCUCGAGCAGUCCGUGUACGGCAGUGAAUGAAUGUCCAUAGUACACCGCCCGGUCGCGGCUUCAGGCCGUCGGCCUCAACUGCUUGAACCGGUCCGUGUACGGUCGCCCAAAGAGUCCUUUUUAAAGCAUUUAAUUUUAGUUAUCAUUAUGGUCCUUCUUUCCUUCUCAGGUAGAAAGGACACAUUUAUUGAUAAAUAGUCGAAUAGAAAUGCUAAUGUGCUAAUGUAAAUAAUGAUAUCAGUUUUUAACCAACUUCAAAAAAAGGGGGAGGUUAUCAAUUCGGCUGGUAUGUUUUUUUUUUAUGUAUGUACAGUGA